UUACAAUCAAAACAAAAUCACACACAACAAAUCUUCUUCUUCAUUUUCUUCUUCUUCUUCUUCCACGACUUCGAAAAUCACCGCAAAACCACACUCUGAUAUUUUCAUAAGGCAAUGCCUUGCUCUUCUUUCACUUCUACUAUUAGUAGCGAUAACAAUAACAACAUCAACAAAAACAACAACGAAAAUAAUAAUAAUAAUAAUAAUAAUAAUAAUAAUAAUAAUAAGAAGAAAAACGAUGGUUCUUCUCUCCUCGAUUUCAAGCUGAACGAAUUCACCUUUUUAGCUUCACUCAUGCCGAAGAAAGAAAUCGGAGUCGAUCGAUUUCUCGAUUCUUACCCUAAUUACGAUGGCCGCGGUGCUCUCAUCGCUAUUUUCGAUUCUGGCAUAGACCCGGCUGUUGAUGGAUUACAGGUUACCUCAGAUGGAAAACCAAAAAUUCUUGAUGUCAUUGAUUGCACUGGCAGUGGUGAUAUUGAUACCUCAAAGAUCGUAAAGGCAAAUGCCGAUGGUUGUAUUUGUGGGGCAUCAGGCGCAUCUUUGAUUAUCAAUACUUCAUGGAAAAAUCCUUCUGGUGAAUGGCGCGUGGGUUAUAAAUUGGUUUAUGAGCUCUUUACAGAAGAUUUGACCUCUCGUUUGAAGAAAGAAAGAAAGAAAAAGUGGGAUGAGAAAAACCAGGAGGAAAUUGCGAGGGCUGUAAAACAACUUGCUGAUUUUGAUCAGCAACACGUCAAGGUGGAUGAUGCAAAACUUAAGAGGGUUCGUGAAGAUCUACAACAUAGGCUUGAUCUUUUGAGGAGGCAAUCUGAGAGCUAUGACGACAAAGGACCCAUUGUAGAUGCUGUUGUCUGGCAUGAUGGAGAGGUUUGGAGGGUUGCCCUUGACACGCAGAGUCUUGAAGAUGAUUCAAAUUGUGGAAUGCUUGCUAAUUUUGUGCCUUUAACUAAUUAUAGGUACACAUAGUAUCUGGUUUUAAUUUUUC